AUGGGAUGUUUCUCGUCUAAAUUAAGCGAGCAAUCGAAGUCUAUAGACUCGCAAAAUGCACAAACUGACAUUUCGACCGAAUUUCAAUACAUUGAUGGUAGAAGAUUUCAUAAUGUGGAAAAUGCGAUAUAUCCUUUACCAAACGAUGACAAUGAAUUAGACAGACUACACUUACAACAUUUCUUGAUAAGAUAUAUCUGGCAGAGCAACUUUUCUGCACCAAUCAAUCAGAUUUUAUCUAAUCCGGGUAGCAAAAUCCUCGAUGUUGGGUAUGUAAAUAUUACUACAGUUGUUGGGUUAGAUUUAUCCCCAUUACUACCGACACAAAUAAAACCUAAAAAUUUCAAAUUCGUUAAAGCAAAUGUUCUGGAAAGAUUACCAUUUGAAGAUGAUACUUUUGAUUUUGUAUUUCAACGAUAUAUGUUCACUGGAUGUCCCAAGGACAGGUGGCCAUAUUUAAUAAAUGAGAUAAUUAGAGUUUUAAAACCGGGUGGAUUCUUAGAAUUAUGCGAGCCUUCUAAAAUGUUUGAUUUAGGACCAGCAACACAACGUUUGUUUGAUGCUGAAGUAGAAAUAUUAGAUCAACGAGGCCUAGAUGGUGAUAUAUUUCAAAAUUUAGAUGGCUAUAUACAAAACCAAGGUCAAUUAGAAAAUAUUAAGAAAGAAAUAAGACCAUGCCAUUAUGGUAUAAAGUCUAAUAAUAUCAAGCUUAGUGAAGUGGCUAUCAGUAAUAUGGUUACCGCGUAUGCAAGUUUUAAAUCUGCUUUAUUAAAAAUAUUGCAAAUUCCUAAUGAAGAAUUUGAUGAGUUGGUUAAAGCAUCGGAAAAAGAAUUAUUAGAGUUCGGUACUUAUAAUUAUUUAGCUCGUAUCUAUGCAAGUAAAGUUAUUGUUAAUGAUAGUGAAACUGAAAUUAACAUAGAAGAGCCUAAUGAAAACAUUUAA